UGAAGUCGAUUGAUGUGCGACAUUUCGAUGACAGACGACAACAAAUAGAGUUGCUAUUCGAUCUCGACCACAGCAUUCUGCACUACCCCAUCUUCGAAUGCUGCAUUAAACGAUAACGAGGACACGCCCCAAAACCCCUAGCAGCCCUCCCCUAUGCUAGCAAGAUGAUGAUGAUGAUGAUGACUCGAGAGUUGAGUUGUUAUUUUUUACUUCUGUCUGCACGAGGCGAGCGUCGAGCGAAUGUCUCUUGCUUCAUUCUACCAAUAGCAAUACCAAAGGAGAUGGAGAGAGCUGCGGGAAAAAAAGCAGAAGAUGGGCGCCCGGCCGCGAAGUGUUGGCGUUGGCUGCCGUCCCGUCCGGGUAUGCUCGCAGAAUUUCAAGGGGGAGCUUUUAAUCCGGUACCGCCGGCGCGUUUCCCGACGGCGACGCGCGCAAGCCUUACCAGAGCGGCACGCAUCAAGCCGACGCCGCCGCGGCGCCCCCGAGCGAAAAUUGGGCAGCGUGGUGCGUGGCGCCUGCCCUUUUAUCAUAUUACGAGCGCGCGAAGAGCGCUGCUCCUCCCGCCGCGCUCGCUCGCCGGGGGCGCAGUGGGUGCCCGUCUUCGUUCAGGCCGCUGGUUGUCUGUGUCUUGUCCGCGCGCUGGUUGGCCGCUUUUUGCUGCCGAUGCGGGUGUCCCGCAACAGUGGGCCCAGUCCGGUUCUGUGAUCCAUGGCACGAGUGCGGAGCGGUUGCCGGUUAGUUUUCCGGAGAGGGGCGAGCCGCGGCUGUUCGCCGUGGCCCGCUGGCGCCAGCGAACAAAAGCCAAUGUGCGCGGUGGCAGGCCUGCCAGCCUGCCAGCUGCACGCAAGCAGCGACCGAGCGUGGCCUGCCCGCGCGUUGAUCCGGGGGCGCGCGCGUUCUCUCGGUCCCAGCAGUUUCAUUCGAAGUAUUAUCCAGUUCAU